AUGGCUGGCAUAUACAGCUCUACUCUGAAGACCCUGGAGGAUUUAACUUUGGACUCUGGUUAUGGGGCAGGGGAUUCCUGCAGGUCCCUUAGUCUCUCUUCUUCCAAGUCCAACUCCCAAGCCUUCACCUCUUCUCAGCACAGAGGCAACUGGUGGUACUACUCGGGCUCCAUGAACAGUAGGAAUAACAGCUGGGAUACAGUGAACACUGUCCUGCCGGAAGACCCCGAGGUUGCAGAUAUCUUCUCCAAGUGUCCUAAGCUGCCGGAUCUAGAGGAAUAUCCUUGGACUGAUGAAGACAUUGGAAGAAUACUCAGAAAAGGGAAGGGAGAUGGCAAUAGCAGAGGCUUUUCUCAGGAAGCUGUCAGGCGGCUCUCGCAGGUCCUGAGGCGCGUCUUGAUCAGGGUCUCCAGGGAAGCGCAGCGCCUCAGCGUCAUGCAUUCCAAGUGCACCAGGUUCGAGGUGCAGAGCGCCAUCAAGCUCAUACAGAGCUGGUCAUUGUCAGAAAGCUGUGUCUUGGCGACUGUCAAAGCGCUCUCUCUCUACAGCAUGAGUGCGGGAGACGGACUGAGGAAAGGUAAAUCAGCUCGAUGUGGCCUCACCUUUUCAGUGGGAAGGUUUUUCAGGUGGAUGGUAGACACCAGGAUCUCGGUUAGGAUCCACGAGUAUGCAGCCAUCUCUCUAACUGCUUGCAUGGAAAACCUUGUAGAAGAGAUCAAGGCGAGGGUUUUGGCAAGUCAGAGCCCGGAUGGUGGAGGAGGGGACAUCUCAGCUGAAAUUCUGGAGAUGGUUAUCAACAACGAUGCAGAACUUUGGGGAGUGUUGCAACCUUAUGAGCAUCUCAUCUGUGGAAAAAAUGCUAAUGGUGUGCUCUCUCUGCCUGCCUACUUCAGCCCAUACAACGAUGGCUCUGUGGGCACUGAUGGACGAGCUGAUGCUUAUGCUCAGCUGGAACUCCGAACUUUGGAGCAAUCCCUGCUGGCAACUUGUGUUGGAAGCAUCUCUGAGCUGAGUGACUUGGUGUCACGAGCCAUGCACCACAUGCAGUGCCUGAACACCGUCCGCCCAGGCAUGAGCCCCAUGCGGCAGCCCCGGCAGCAGCAACCCAUCUCCUGGGCUCCUGAUGCUCUCCACACCCUCUACUACUUCCUGCGCUGUCCUCAGAUGGAGUCCAUGGAGAACCCCAACCUGGACCCUCCCCGAAUGACACUGAACAACGAGCGCCCCUUCAUGCUGCUGCCCCCACUGAUGGAGUGGAUGAGGGUGGCCAUCACCUACGCGGAGCACCGGCGCAGUCUCACGGUGGACAGUGAUGACGUCAGGCAGACAGCCAGACUGCUCCUGCCUGGGCUGGACUGCGAGCCCAGGCAGCUCAAACCUGAAUGCUGCUUCAGUUCCUUCCGGAGGCUGGAUGCUAAGGCUGCUACUGAGAAGUUCCAGCAGGACCUGGGAUUCCGAAUGCUGAACUGUGGGAGGACAGAUCUGAUCAACCAAGCCAUUGAUGCCCUGGGACCUGAGGGGGUGAACACCAUGGAUGAUCAGGGUAUGACCCCACUUAUGUAUGCCUGUGCUGCUGGAGAUGAAGCCAUGGUGCAAAUGCUUAUAGAUGCUGGAGCAAAUUUAGAUAUAAAAGUUCCCAGCACCUCUCCACGGCACCCUUCAGUGCACCCUGACAGCCGCCACUGGACUGCUCUCACCUUUGCUGUGCUGCACGGCCACAUCUCCGUUGUUCAGCUGCUCUUGGAUGCUGGUGCCCACGUAGAGGGCUCUGCUGUUAACAGUGGAGAAGACAACUAUGCUGAGACUCCUCUUCAGCUGGCUUCAGCAGCAGGGAACUAUGAGCUGGUCAGCUUACUGCUCAGCAGGGGUGCUGACCCCCUCCUCAGCAUGCUGGAACUCAAUGGGAUGUCCUCAUCACUUCAUGAAGAUAUGAACUGCUUCAGCCACUCAGCUGCACAUGGGCACAGGAACGUGCUGCGCAAGCUCCUGACCCAGCCCCAGCAGCUGAAGGAUGAUGUCCUCUCCCUGGAGGAGAUUUUAGCUGAGGGAGUGGAGAGUGACACCUCCAGCCAGGGCAGCUCCACUGAGGGGCAGGUCAGGCUCUGCAAGACACGGAUGAAGGCUCUGCAGGAGGCCAUGUACUACAGUGCUGAGCACGGCUACGUGGACAUCACCAUGGAGCUCAGGGCACUUGGGGUCCCAUGGAAGCUCCACGUGUGGAUCGAGUCACUGCGGACAACCUUCUGCCAGUCUCGUUACUCAGUGGUGCAGACCCUCCUGAGGGAGUUUGUCACCAUUAAAGAGGAGGACUACAAUGAAGAGCUGGUCAGUGAAGGGCUGCAGCUCAUGUUUGACAUCCUCAAAACCAGCAAGAAUGACUCCAUCAGCCAGCAGCUGGCAGCCAUCUUCACCCACUGCUAUGGCAGCAGCCCCAUCCCCAGCAUUCCUGAGCUCCGCAAGGCGCUGCCGGCUCGGCUAGAUCCUCACUUCCUCAACAAUAAAGAGAUGUCUGAUGUGACCUUCUUAGUAGAAGGGAAGCUGUUUUAUGCACACAAAGUGCUGCUGGUGACUGCAUCUAACAGGUUCAAGACACUAAUGACCAAUAAAACAGACCAUGACAGCCAUGGCAGCAAGACUGUUGAAAUCAGUGAUAUGAAAUACAAUAUUUUCAAGAUGCUGAUGCAGUAUUUAUACUAUGGAGGAACAGAAUCUAUGGAAAUUCCCACCGCUGAUAUCUUAGAGUUGCUGUCAGCUGCCAGCCUGUUUCAACUGGAUGGCCUCCAGAGACACUGUGAAAUCCUCUGUGCCCAGACCAUCAGCCUGGAGAACUCUGUUAACAUCUACAAAUAUGCAAAGAUUCACAACGCACCUGAACUGGCCUCUUUUUGUGAAGGCUUCUUCCUCAAGCACAUGAGCUCCCUGCUGGAGCAGGACUCCUUCAAGCAGCUGAUCUACAGCAGGAACAGCAAAGUGCAAGGCCUGGACCCCCUGCGGGACCUGCAGACAGCCCUGGCUGGCCGCCUGCACUCUGUCUAUGUCACCUCCAGGGUGUGA